AUGGAGAGCGCAGCCUUCCAGAACGGGGACAUCAGCAUCGAGGAGAUGAUCGAGAAGCUCCACAGGGAUGUCCAGGAGGAGAUGAUGGUGGCCCAGGAGAACAGGCUGCACCUGCAGAGGGUGGGUGAGCGUCUGGCCCAGGUCAGUCCCGGCAGAGAGGCCCCCGAGACCCAGCACACACCCAGCACGGACCGCCGGCGCUGGCAGGAGCUGCUGGAGGUCACAGGGGCCAGGAUGAAUAAGCUGCAGGAGACGCUGAGUGCUGUGCAGCAGCUGGACAGGGGCAUGAGUAGCCUGCGGUCCUGGCUGGCCCACAUGGAGACCGAGCUGUCCCGCCCCGUCACCUACCACACCUGCGACUCCCACGAGAUCCAGAGGAAGCUCAGCCAACAGGAGGAGCUGGAGCGGGACAUCGAGGAUCACCGCGCGGCCGUGGCGUCUGUGCUGAGCCUCUGUGACGUGCUGCUGCAGGACUGUGACGUGUGUGCCACCGACUCCGAGUACGACUCCGUCCGGCACGCCACACGCUCCCUGGACCAGCGCUGGAGGAGCAUCUGUGCCACGGCCAGCGAGAGGAGGCGCAGGAUUGAGGAGACCAGGAGCCAAUGGCAGAGGUUUCUGGAGGAGUUCUCGCGUUUCGCGGACUGGCUGAAGACCUCAGAGAGGGUGGUGCCUCUGCCCGACUCCUCGGGAGUGCUCUACACCACAGCCAAGGAGGAGCUGAAGAAGUUUGAGGCCCUGGAGCGGCAGGUCCAGGAGAAAGUGGCCCACCUGGAUCUCAUAAACAAACAGUACCGGCACCUGAAACGGGAGCACCGCACCGACGCCUCCCGCCAGCUCCAGAACAUGGUGCAUGAUGGGAACCAGCGCUGGGAAGACCUGCAGAAGAGAGUGGACUCCGUCCUGAGAAGACUCAAGUGCUUCAUAAUUCAGAGGGAGGAGUUUGAGAUGGCCAGGGAUGCUAUCCAGAUAUGGGUGACCGAGAUGGACCUACAGCUGACCAACACCGAGUACUUCUCAGCGUGUGAUGUGGAGGACAAAGUCAAGCUGCUGGAGGCCUUCCAAGAGGAGAUCUCUCUGAACCGGGGUGAGAUAGAGCACCUCCGCCACCAGGGGGAGCUGUUGAUGGAAAACAGCGAGCCCCCAGAUGUGGCCGUCAUCGAGGAGGAGCUGGAGGAGCUGCACAGGUGCUGCGAGGGGGUGUUUGGCCGCGUUGAGCGCUACUACAGGAAGCUGACUGGCCUGCUGUUGAGGGAAGAUGAGCACGACCUCUCUGACCCAGAAGUGGAUCUGGAGGAGGCGGGGGAUCUGUCUGACCUGGUAGGCAGUGAAGGUGCAAGUUUGCUGAGCCCGCCCCCCUCCACAUGGACCGAGCGUUUGGGGCAGGACAGCCCCGUCAGCAUGGGCUCCAUCCCCCUGGAGUGGGACCAUGGAUAUGACCUGAGUCUGGGGCUGAGGGGUGUGGCUUGGACCCUGGUGUAUGAGCAGGGAGACUUACCCCAUGACCAAGGUGAGCAAGGCUCCCCGGUCAAGCUGACUGAGAAGCCCCUGAACACCUGCUACUACCGGCUGCUGCAUAUAGAGGGCGACCUGGAGACCCCUGAGCCAGACCCUUCUCACACAGGACACAUGAAUGUAGUGGGCAACCUGAGGGAGGAGGAUGAGGGGAGCGAGAAGGGGGAAGACUGUUCAGGAUUUGUCUGUCCCACCAGCACAGAGACAGAGACAGCAGGCGGUGUGAUGGAGCCAUUGGAGCCGACCCCAACACAGGCGCCAAGUGGAGAACACUGCACGGAGCACAGUUUGCACCAAUGGCAGCAGUUCAACCCUGACCUUCACAGCGUGAGGGAGUGGCUCAAGCGGGCGGAGGCGGAGCUGGAGCAGGGGCGGGGGCUGUCCCUCAGCGUCGACGCCCACUCUGUGGAUCUCCACAUCAGGAAGCUGAAGGGAAUCCUGGAGGAGCUGGUGGAGUGGCAGCAGAGAGUUGCCUUGCUGCAGGGCCUGUCCCAGCAGCUGCCGGCCGCCGGAGAGGGCAGCGACAGCCUGGAGGCUGAGGAGAAGGUGUACGCCAUCAGCACCCGGCUCACAGGGCUGCUGGGGGAGGUCAGCAGGGACAUCGAGCGGCUGGAGAGGAUGGUGGACAUCGCCAGGAAGCAGGAGUCACAGGAUGAAUGUAAACUGACACAGCACAGACCAGAUGUCAGCUGUCAUCACCACAGGUCCUCUGGUGGCAGCGGCACCAGUUCUCUGAAGUCUGAGGUGGGGCAUUGGGUGGAGCAGAGGGCGGGGCAGAGGGCAGGGCACGGGCCCUUUCUCCGGCGCGUGCUGUGGACAGCCCUGCCCAUCCAGCUGCUCCUGCUGCUGCUCAUCGUCACCGCCGCCACGCUGCCACCCGCCAAGGAGGACCACAGCUACGCCCUCGCCGACAUCCUCGUGCGGUACUUCCACCUGGUGCUGCACUACGUCAACGGGCCUCCGCCAACAUGAAUGCACAGAGACCUGCUGAGGCUUAGGGACACUUCGCCUGUCACCUCCACCCAAAGACUCCACAAAUAACGGCACACAAUUCUACCUCCGUAGUUGCUAAGGUCAAUAGUGUCGUGUCUCUGUCCUGCUAAAUGCAGCACGCUGCUUCUUUAGCUCCCGAACGUGUCAGGGUGGAGCAAAGCGCCCAGGACUCAACCAUCCUGCCUUACAUGAGACAGACUGUGGAGCUGCACAAACCAGCCAUGGUCCAAA